AUGGUGGCGCUCCACGACGCGGCGAAGAUCGCGGAGAUACCCUUCCCGUUCCCCUACGCGCAGAUCUGCACCUUCCUGCUGCUCACCCACUGGGCCCUCACCCCGCUGGUCACGCUGCAGUGGACCACGUCUGUCGUCUGGGCGUUCGUCUUCUCGUUCGUCCAGGUAUUCAUCUUCUGGUGCCUGAACCUCACGGCCAUCGAACUGGAACAACCCUUCGGGCGCGACGCCAACGACUUGCAGACGGUUGAUAUGCAGAAGAUUCUGAAUCAGCAGCUCUUGCUUCUGUUGGAUACCAGGAACGGGGACCCGCCAGACCUCGAGAAGGGGUUCAAGGACGAAAUCGUCGGGGAGGCCCGGCGAUGCAGCAUGAUCAGCAGCAUCAGCAGCACCUGUGAGGCAGGCAACCUCCCUCGGGCGCUGUGA